UCUGACAGGGGUGCUGCUGGCUGGGAACAGGAUGCUGUCAGGCCGAAUAGACGCAGCAACCUAACGGAGAGAAACCGCAGCAGCAUCCUUUGUUUUCUGGAGCUGGAUAUCCAGCUGUGAAACCCACUGACAACCUGCAGGUCCUGGACAAGAAGAGGGAGGCGUCCAGUUCCAACAGCCAAAGCAAAAGCUUGGAGCACAGAAGUAGCCGUUGUGCUCCAAUGGGACAGCUCCAAACUGAUAUUGUGGCAAGCUGAACGAGAACUGAAGCAAGCGUGGAGAGGCGGCGAGGCUUUCCUUUUCCUUCGGCCCAGUGGAAGCAGUCAUCCACACCGCUGCACUGAAACACACUCAUCACUCUUUUUUUACUCUUAUCCUUUCUGUCACUGUACUUGUUCUCUCUCUUUCUAUUCAUCUAUCUGUUCAUCUUGCUUGAACAGGUCAGCGGUUCUUAAGCAGCACAAACCAGCAGUAAAGACCAGUGAACUCAGUUGUUUAGGUUGUAGAGCUGCUAACAGAGAUCAUCCUGCUCAAGCAAUGCAAUAGUAUAUUUGAAUCCAGUUCUUCACCUGCCCCCCAGCCCAGAGUCUGGCUCUGUAGCACAGGGUCCCACAUGCAAUGAGGAGGGCCAGGGGGUUCAUCUCUUUCUAGACUUUCUCUUCUUCACCUUGUGUCUUCAUGUUUUGGGGGUCCUCUGGUGCCCCCGCCCUCUGUCGACCUCCCCGCAACUGCUGCCAUCACGGCCGGCCACCCCAGUCGCCUCGUUGCCAUGCCGACAGAGACACUGGCUCCAGCCCUGCCAGAUAGCAAGGUCGCUGGCCCCGCAACGACCUUCAGUUCCACCGUACCCCUCCGCAUCCUCAAUAAGGGCCCUGACUACUUCAGGAGACAGGUGGAACCUAACCCAAAGCGCCUCAGUGCUGUUGAGAGACUAGAAGCUGACAAGGCCAAGUAUGUCAAGAGCCAGGAAGUUAUCAAUGCGAAGCAGGAGCCAAUCAAACCACCCAUGCUGGCUAAGCCUCCCGUCGGUCACACCCUCUUGUCCAAGAGAGGCUCUGGGAUUGGUGGAGGAGGAGGAAAUGGGGGCGGGAUACCUUUCAAAGCAUCCAAUAACAACGCCAAGUCAGACACAUGUGCAACAAGCAGCGGAAGCAGCAAGAGAGAGAAUUUAAACCUGGAGAUCCUUAAAAAUCUGCUCAACUCAUCAUCGUCUUCAGGAGCAGGAUCCGAAGGACUAGGAGGUGGAGCUAAGAGUGCUGUGUUGAUGAGGUCAUCAGGGGGGAUGGCCAGAAGCUGGACACCAUCAGGGAUGCCGUUAACCUACCGAUCUACAAUGACACUUAAUGAGCAACCACAAGACUCAGCUCCCAGUCCAAGCACCUCACACUCCCUCCGCUCAUUUUCCCAUUCACUGAAGGUCCCUCCGAUGAACAGCGGGGGACGUCGCAGUCCACUACAGGGAGGAAACCUCAACCUCAGCAGACGAGGUGAAGGAGUUAUCGAUCGUUCUCGCUCCCCACUACCACCCCUACUCACCUCCCACUCCUCCUCUGACCUCCUGCGACUGUGCAAUGGCAAGCCACUGCGCACGGCGCGAUCCAGCAGCUCCUCAGCUCCUCCCCUCCCUCCGAAACCCAACCCUGCCUCCCUCCCUCCUCCCGCACUAUCCUUGUCGCUGCCUCCCCCUCGUCCAACUCCAUCCCCCUUGCUCUGUGACAAUAACACCCCUCAGUCACUAUCUUGUGAUUUAGAAGACCCUUCAAAUACUUCAACCGAUGCCAACCUGGAGCUUGAGCUAGGUUCAUCCGUGGCUCGUCGCUCCUCACUACACAGAUCUAAAUCAGACCUGUCAGACCGGUAUGCCCGGGCUGGAGCUGACGUGGAACGCUUUUUUAAUUACUGCGGGCUCGACCCAGAGGAGCUGGAGGCAGUUGGUCCAGAGAACUUUGCGCGGGCCAACUCAGACAUUGUCAGCCUGAACUUUAGAUCAGCUUCUAUGAUCUCCUCCGACUGCGACCGGUCGCGGCGAUCUUCCAACGAUGGGCUGUCAGAAGGGGUCGAGGACGAGGAGGAAGAGGCCGGGGAGCGUGUUCCAUAUGGCAUCUCGGCUGUGGAGCGAAAUGCAAGAGUCAUUAAGUGGCUGUACAGCAUCAAGCAGGCAAGAGAGACACAAAAAGUAUCACACGUUUAGGACAAGCACUACAGUGGAUGUACUUUAAACUACAGACAAACAUGUUUCAGAAUAAUACAUGGACCAGAAUUUUUUAACAGGUUGAGAGACUGAUCUUGACGCUGAACUGAAGAUUUGUCAAGAUGUAGAGAUGGAUAAAUGGUAUGACAACAGACAACAUUUUGUUUAGAAAUAAAUGAAGAGAUGAGGAAAAGGACGCUAAUCCACUUAAGAACAACAAGAUCACUAUGAACCACAAAUAAUAAAACUUGGACAGUCAUAUUAAUGACUUCAGAGAAAAACAAACACAGGACAUGUCUGAAAAGGAAGUAAUUAAUUAACUGUUUCUAUAUGGACACUGUAUAAUCUGACAGACAAAGUUUGUCAAGUUGCUUGAGCAACAAGAGCAAAAUGCACUGCGAUUGUCUAAGGAUCCAUAAAGUCGCCUCACUGCAAAGGGUUCUAGGCCUUUCUCACAGAGAACAUUUUGGCUUGGCUAACAAAGCAUUGUAAGUGGGAUUAUCUUCCUACAUAGCUUGCUAGCUACCUAGCACCUCUCAAUUCAAUCCAAUCUUCGUUCUGCCAUCUCUGUCCUCAGUCACUUUGUCAAAAAAUCUAGUUCAGACGAUUAAGCACUAACACAUCAUUUGGUUCAUUCUAAGUUUUUUGUUGUAGAAUUCUGUUAAUUUGCGGUGCCUCCACUGCCUCACUGCUAACACCGCUGCACAAGCUAACAGGGGACUUCAGAUUUGUUGUGGUAAUGUUACUGAGUUAAACAGCUUUACUUUUAUCCAUAACAUUUGAACAUUUUCUUCACAUUACUUCUCAGAUGGUUGUCUGAUGUUGUGAGUAUGUGUUCAGCAUAGCUCACUGGCAAAGAAAACAACAAUAGCCUAGUUCAAUGAUGGAUUCAGAGCGCAAUUAACAAAUGCUCCCCACUGGAGUAUAAGGCUGUUCCACUUGUAGAUUGUGAAUUUUGAAUUCAUUACAGAUCAAUACAUUUGACCCACAAUUGAAUGAUACUUUGAACUUCAGAUAAAAAGUGACAACCCUAACCCACUUAAUGUUAACUCUUCAUAGUAACUGGUACCAUAGCUUCUGUGUGUGCUGAAACUCACUACCAGUUGGUCAGGGUCACUAGUUCCACCUGUGCUUUUACUGCAACAACCAGUCAAAUGUCCACAUUGAGAAAGGCCUGUGUCCCAGUGUUGAUAUCUCUGUUCAAACAAACUUUGAAAAAGGUCCUGACAUCUUUGCAAAACAGACACUGAACUCUAUCUGUCAAAAAAUGGAAAUCACAUUAAAAAGUCAGUGCUGCUGGUACACAGUUUGACCGUAAUGAAGUCAGCUCAGUUAAGUUGAUAUCUGUUAUACGAGACUGUUAAAGGAACAUUUCAGCACUAACUUAAUGUGUCAACAAGAUUAGGUUAUUAAUUAAUCAAGUUGUUAACUAUGACAUUGCAAAAAUAUUGAGAAACUCGUGAAACUCAAAAGUGUGAUAAGCUGGCUUUCACUAAGCUUUAGCUCUUGUUAAACUAGAUAUUGUAAUUGAUAGAGGAAGGCCUUGAAAUGUGUGAUGACUGAGGGAUAAAGGAACAGAGGACAUUGAAUGAUUGGGAAAGAUACACACACAAUAGAUAAUAUAAUCUCUCAAGCAUACUUAUCCGUACAGCAUUAUGGUUACACCAUCAUAUCAUUAUGCUGAUGAAUUAUUAACAAUUCGUCAUCAACCUGUUUCACAUUUCACUGUAGAGUUUUAGUGUCCUGUGAUGGGAUAUGGUUAUUCAGAGGCUGUUUCACGAGAAACCUGCCAUUCAUAAUUCAAACAAUGAAUACAUGAAUUUGAGGGAAUUAUUUUGCUAUGAAAAUAGUGAAAAUGUUUAAAUAUUCUAAAUAUUGUAGGCGGCAUAAUAAAUCCCUCAUAGGUUGUCUUUACAUCUAACCUUUAUGGUCCAGUUCAAAUGAACUGCAGUGCGUCUGCCCGUUUCAUUUGGUUUGUUUAGACUUGUGUGAACGUUGUCUUUCAAACUUGGACCAAAGAGCUGCACCAACACUGCUGAGGUGGUCUCGGUCCGCUUCUAACCAACCUUGUGUGUUCGUUUGUGGUGCAAUCUCCAAUCAGAACAACUACAAGAUUUUACGAUAGUGGAUAUGUGUAUUUAUUUUUUAUACGAUCCAUAUGCCUUUUUAACAAGUCCACAUAAUGUUAGCUAUCUACCUAAGGGAUUUCAGAUGUCUGUCACUUUACGCAUUCAGCAUUAGGGAAGACCCAUCAUGCAGUUCAGUUCGUCUUCAACUAGGAAUGUGGACGCUAGCUAGCCAAUCUUGCUAAAAUGAGCAUUAUACAAUCCUUUUGCAUUAAGGUUAAACAAGUGUAUUUAUAUGUCACAGUUUACAAUUUGGAAAGAGUGUAAUUAUCAAAAUCGGGUUUAAUUGUAUAUUUAGCAAGCUAUAAAAACUCUUAACUGAAAGGGUAAGAUCGUCAAUUUAAUGAGAGCCGCUUUAGUCAGCAGUAAAUAAUUAGCAAUAAUUCCGUGAGUUUGCCAAACUGCUAAAUGACACUCUUGGCUGUUGUCUGGUCAGUGUUCUCUCUGCAUGCUGACGUCUGUAUUAUGUACGUAAGAUGGUUUCCUUGAUGAAGAAGCAUUACUCUUUAGUCUUCAUUCUCUCCAUCAGGGUGUGAGUUUCUCUACAUAAAUGAUGUAGGUGAUCGCAUCAUGAAGUUAUUUAGCUGUUAAGUUGUCAAGUCGAGCUUUGUCUUGACUUGACUGUGGUGAUGGUAAGUGACCAGUCUCGACUAAUAACGCUCACUAUCGGUUAAAUACACAAAUGAGGUUCAGUAACGUGCAGCAUGACUAGCUUCCAAUCCAAAUUGUACUUCCCACUUUGGGUCGCUCUGAUGAUGCAGGAUGACAUCACUGGUCAUAUGACUCCCUUUAGUUCAUGUAUAGGUCAGUGAGAACAUGAAACUAUGCAUAUUUUUUUAUCUUUGAAACAAAGUAAAGGUGUUAAAGUGACCCAAACAAUCAAACCUUUACUUGUAUAACGUGUGUCAUGAUUUCUUCACUUGUUACUCAGUGAAAUGUCUUACAUACAUCCACACGCAACUCUGUGGAAUGAUUCAAAAGUUAAAGAACCACCAAACCCCUGAGUACGUCAAAAGAGUCACAAGUCUUAACCAUAGAAGUUGCCUUUAACACAGAUGAUCAUUGGCAAUCUGGGAUUAAAUGAACAACGCCUCAAGCCUUUCCCAGCAGUACUAUUGCAGGACACCAAAACUCUCCUUUCAAAACACUUAUCUGUGAUUCUGUUGAGCACCAGGCACUCUACAUACACUGAAAGCAAUACUAAUGAAGCUGUUCACUAUUACAGGACAAGUUACAGUACAGUAUUCCAUAGGACGGGGAAGGCAGAUUGUGUUCCUUUUUAUAUGUCGGCGUUCUCUCCAAAUGACACUUCAGAUUUCGGUGUUUGUUCUGUCCAUCGCAUCCUACAACCCCUCACUACUGGAGUUCCAUCUCUAUGCUUAUGCAUUACGAACACUUGAGUUUGCGUUCAUGAUGAGCGCCUUCAGCUCAGCUCUGCUCUCCACCUCUCUAUCUGUCUCUGAGUCCUCACAGCCAGCCACAGGAAGAAACCUGUUGCUUUACCCUUGUGUGUUCGCUGAUAAUGAAGGUUGGAUGGAAGUUCACCUCCACCCUCAACUUUGUCAUCUGUCUACAUGUCUGCACGUUGCUGACAUGUCUCAAGGCCUGAAGCCAUAUUGGUGUGAAUGCAGCGCCUCAGUCAGAGUCUACCAACUGUCAGUGUGUCCGUCUGCCCUCCACCUCACCUUCAAUCUGUGCAGGUCUGCUUCAAUGCUUUAGCAGCAACAACCCAGCUGGGUUUACUUCACUUCACCCCAUAAUGUGCUAUGUCCAACUAAACACAACUUUAGGAGUAUUGGGGGAAUGGAAGCAUCAACAUCUGACAGGUAUAUGCUUUGGAUUGCACAUGACAAUAUAUUGUCACCAUGAGCGGGAGAGCAGGGUGAGAUGAUUUUAGUGAAAACAUUGCCAGAGUCUUUAGAGGUAGAGAGUCUUGAUGUUGCCAAAUACCCAAUUUAUACGUCAUGUAUCUUUUGGGUUAUAAUUCAAAAACUAAGUGGCACGUAAUCUCCACUGUGCCCAAGAUUAAUUUAAUCAGUAUUCUGUAUCAAGUAUUAUGUGGAAAUAAACACGUGGAUUGUUGUUAACUGCCAAGCUAAACUGUUGUAACUCAACCGCUACGUUGCACAAAGUAAUCUUCUUGUAGCAUUUUUGGCAAUUACUAAACAACUCCAGGUGCAUGAAACCACUUUCUGGACUUGAAUAGGGUCAAUCCUGAUCUGCAUCUCGCACAGGAAUAGCAAGACAGACGUAUGUGGCUAUGUGUAAAUGAAAGUGUAUUAAAUCACAUCUGGAUUUUAUUUGAAUUUGAAAUGACCAUUGUAAAUGGUCUAUAUAUAAACAUCCAGUACAGUGAUAAAUAACUAUUGAGCUGAGAAUAUGGACAAAAGAGUAUCAAGUUUCAGCUGUAAGGGACUCUCUGCAGAGCAGGACGUUCUGCUGACACUGUUUUAUACAACAGUACUCCUGAAAAACAAUCCGAAUCUCUGAAAUCAUAUUUGUUUAAUGCACGGCACAAGUCACCAUCAAACUCUUUGUAACUUAAUUUUGAUCAUGCAACACUAAAACUCCUCGGGGUUUAAGGAUAUGUUAGUAGAGUUAAGGCCUCAGAAUGCUUCAAAGUCCUUAUUGUUGGAAACCUCACCUCCCACAGUGGAAUCAGGUCUUCCAAAGCAGACAAUCCAACAGUCAAGCCCAAUCCAUACAGUGAUUGGUCAGGUGUUUUCUACUGUAAUCCUUCCUCCUGCCCACAUUGCUCUUUAAAUGACGCCUUAUUAUCCAGAACCCACAAUCCUGGAUCAUUGUCAAAAUGCACCCUAAACUGAAGUUAAUAUGAUGUGUGUGCCAUCUGUUUGGUUUGUUUAGCAGGCAAAUGCUGCCUGUGGAAAUUCAAAGGCCAUUUAUAAUAUUAAAGAAUUGAUAUGGCUGAUUCAGACUCUUGAAGCCUCAUAUUAGCUUCAGCUGGACUCCACAAGGUUAGAUUAAAUAAGAGAAAAUGGCAUUGUGGGAGUUGUAGGAAGUUUCAGUUUUUGAUGUAACCCUUCUUCCUAAAUAGACUGAAGCGGAAGUGGAAGUGAACUCAGCCGGGAGAACGACCCUCAAAGUCCCCAUCACCUCGCUCUGAGCUCAGGGUUGUCACAUACCCUGAUCUGUCACUCCCACGUGUUCCUCUGGACCCCAGUAAACCCUGCUGCUUCUCACUGUCAGCAUUAAUAAAAACAAUAUUGUAACUGUUCUGGCAGCAUCAUCAUGCUUCAGUUUCACUUCUUUCUACAUGGUGUGUUUGUUUGUUUUUUAUCUUUGGAUUGACAGAUAGAGUUCUUCCGUGGUACUUGCUUUGUUUUAUUUGUUUUCUUCUAUGUGUAAAUGCUGUAAGAACAAAUGUAUAUAUUUGAUUUAAAAAGCCAUGUGUUGGAGUUCACUUUUCCUCUGUCUGAGGGUUUAUGUGUAAUACUGCUGUUUUGCUCUUUGCCCUCGGUACAGAACUGCCUGAUCAAACUGGGCACGAGUGUUUCAGAGACGUAGUGUUGACUGUGUUUUUCGACGUGGAAACUGUUACAUUUUGCUUGAUUGAAAAAAAAAAAGUGUCCAUGUUUAGUUUCUUUUGAUUCUUUCAAUAAAUGGCUUAUUUUGCUAACCCUC